UCACCGCAGUGGCUGAGCUGCUGACAGGAGGCGGCGGCGGAGGAGGAGGCGAGGCGAGACCUGCGGCUUUGCCGGGCCACUGACGCUGUAGCGCUCGGCAAGCCGACGGAGCCACGCCGGCCUCAGCCCGCCUGCAGAUCUCCUGCCCCGCGCCCAACCCUCCGUCUGCCCGACUGGUCCGGGGCGGCCUAGUCUGCACCACCCACCCGGCACCUGGGGCCGCCGCCCCGCGCGGUCCCCGUCGGCGUCCCCGGCCGCGCCCGGCCCCCGGCCCGCUCGCCCGCCGGCACCAUGAUGGAGGAGAUCGACCGGUUCCAGGUGCCCACCGCGCACUCGGAGAUGCAGCCGCUGGACCCAGCCGCCGCCUCCAUCUCAGACGGAGACUGUGACGCCCGGGAGGGUGAGUCAGUAGCCAUGAAUUACAAACCAUCCCCGCUCCAAGUGAAGCUGGAGAAGCAGCGGGAGCUGGCCCGGAAGGGCUCCCUGAAGAACGGCAGCAUGGGCAGUCCCGUCAACCAGCAACCCAAGAAGAACAACGUCAUGGCCCGGACAAGGCUGGUCGUCCCGAAUAAAGGCUACUCCUCGCUUGACCAGAGCCCGGAUGAGAAGCCACUGGUAGCCCUUGACACAGACAGUGAUGAUGACUUUGACAUGUCCAGAUACUCCUCCUCUGGCUACUCCUCCGCUGAGCAGAUCAACCAAGAUUUGAACAUCCAGCUGCUGAAGGACGGCUACCGGUUAGAUGAGAUCCCCGACGACGAGGACCUGGACCUCAUUCCCCCCAAGUCCGUGAACCCCACCUGCAUGUGCUGCCAGGCCACGUCCUCCACCGCCUGCCACAUCCAGUAGCGGGCGGGGCCGCUGCGGCCGCCGGGGUGGGGCCACCAGGGGCCAGCUUGGACCGGGCAGGGGCCAACCCCUCCCCUGCUCGUCCACCAGCCCCCCGGGGCCCCGCGCCCCCUACAGCCGCCAACCUCGUAACAGUCAUUGCUUCCUCCUAUGGUAGGACGUGUACCUCUGUGUGUUCAUGGAGCCGGAGAAACCAAAACCAGGUCUCUCUCCACCCCCGGGGGCUAAGGAGGGGAGGGCUGUUUGUUCAGUUACUUGGGGGACCUUGCCCAGCAUCCUGCCCCCUCCCCGAAGCCACUGUCUGGUGGAGGAAAGGGGUGACUGGACUUCGUGGAGGCUAACAGUAAUGAGUAAGGGGCAGGAUCACAAAGCCAGGGGUUUGGCUCCACCCCAGUGAAGCCAGGAACCCCCAGCACCAGCCAAGGAAAGGGGCUGGGAGGAGAAAGGCCCAGGCCAACAGGGUCAGGGCCCAGCCCCACAGAGCCGCCUCCACAUGCUCCCUUGCUGGCCCACGUACCAUUUGCAUUUCUCCCCUCAUCUCCAGAUGGGAAGUCUGGCAAAGCUGCCCAGUGGGAUAUUGUCCCCCAUCCAUCAGAUCACUGCCAUCUUCCUCCACUUUGCCCCAUUCACCUCCUUCCUUGCUGUCUGGAUUGCGUGGUGGGUGAGGUGGGCCUUAGAGACAGCCAGAGUUUAGAUGGUAUGAUCCGUCCUCACCUGCCCCUAACUAACACAUCUAUCUCUCUGCACCCCUUCCGCUGCCCCCCACAUUUCUGUUCUGUUCAUCUGUCCUGGGUUGGAAGCAGGAGGUAAGGCUGGCCUCGAAUGCCCCAUUGUGGUCUUACUCUAGCACAAGAUCCUAGAGGCUGCUUCCCAGGAAGACUCUUCAAGAAAGCAAGCCUGGGAGAAUACAGUGGCAGCAGGUGUAUGGUAGGGAUGGCUUGGCAGAAUGUGUGCGCACCUGGGGCUGUCAGAGUGUGUGUCUACAUCUCUGGGUUGGGCCUGUCUCUCUAGAUGACUGCGGUGACCAUGGUGGGGAAAUGACUGUGUGACCUGUUAACAGUGUGAGGCCGCUCAGCAGUUCAGUGGACUGACAGCCCUGGGCGGGGGUCAGAAGUCUGAGUUCUGGCCCUCGCUCGGGCAUGCUUCCUCUCACCUCCAACAAGCCAGUUAUGUUCUCUGGCCUUCUGUUUCCUACACAGCAUAGUGAGCAGCAUCUGAAAUUAUUUUGAAGGUUAUUUCAAACCUGAAGAAAUUUCUUCAUAGGAAUUUCCUUGGAGGUGGACAGGGAGGUCUCUGGUGUCUUCGAGUAUACCUGGGGUCUUCCUGAGCUGCAUGUCUGUGUGGAGAAAAAAGGGGGAAGUUCCUAUGGGACCUGUGUAUGUCUGAAUACAUGUGGGUCUUUGGGGGAAUGUGCAUGUGUGUGUCUGUGAAUGUAUUUGUGUAUGUGGAUAUCUAUUGUGUGUGUAGCUGUACCUGUGUGUGUAGCUGUAUCUAUGGGGUGUGUGAGAGUCAGAAUGUAUGUAUCUACUGCUGCUUCUGCCACUGUUACUCAUUGGUGGAGGGGUGGGGGUGGUAGCCAGAAAAGCUGAGGAUGAAAAUCAAGAGGGAGGAGGGGACCAAGGCCCUCCCCUGGGCCUGGGCAAUACAGACCUGCCCCCAGGUGAAGAAAAGCGAAAGCACAGAUGGCCUCCACCCGCUCAGGUCUCUGCUCCUUGAACCCCAUAUCCCAGGGCCAUUCCUCAGGCCGACCCCAUCCCGCACAUGCUGGCCAGUCCUCUCUGAUACAUACCACUCACAUGCUGCAAGUGUGCCCAGGCCACACCCACAGCCCAGCCCCUGGCUGCUAUCCCGGGAGGCUGGAAAGGGGAGAGGGCAGAGAGGAGAGAGAGCAAGGCUGCUGGCUUAGGAGGGGUAUCACUUCUCCCUGCACCACACCCAGGGGCUACCAGCUCCCCUCAACUUCUCCAACCCAACCCCACCUCCUCUUAGUUCAGGGAGGAAAUGCCAAAGGGAAGCAAAGGACAGAGAAGUCAGCUGCAGGACUCACAUGGCCCAGACUGGUCCCCACCUGAGCCCAUUGCUCCCACCCUGAUCAGCAGACCCACCCCCUGUCAUCUGGGCACCAGAGCCAUGCCUCCUGCCACCACCACCCCGGGCUCCUUGACUCACCCUUCAAGAACACGGGUACCUCCUCUUUUCUAGGCAGGGCGCCCACCAGGGCUCAUUUAGACGGCGGCCUUUGCUGCUGACGUGCUAUGUGACUCUGGCCCACUGCGCAACCUCUCUGGCCCUGAGGAACAAGGGAAAGGCUCCCUCCCCACAGGACAGACCUAAUCCCCUGGCAGACAGGGGCCUCUCGCUGAGGCCAUGUGGUGGAGAGAAGUAGGAAGCUGGUGGCUAGCACCCUCUGGGUGUGGGGAGUGCGCAGUUCCCUCCUUCCUACCCAGGAGGCUGGAGGGGAGAACGGAGGCCUUGGCUUGCCCUGCCGCCCUCCCCCUGUAGAUACUGCCUUAACGCUCCCUGCCCUCAGCACUGGCUGCCACUCAGCCCGGUUUCUCCGUGCUCACUAAUUUAUUUCCAGGAAGGUGUGUGGAAGACAUGAGCCGUGUAUAAUAUUUUUUUUAACAUUUCCAUCGCAGUAUUGACCAUCAUCCUUGGUUGUGUAUCGUGUAACACAAAUAAUGAUAUUAAAAGCAUCAAACAAGCUA